CCAAGAUAUUUUCCAGCUUGGAAAACAAGGAUUGUUUUUAAAAAAGAAAUUCUUAGCCAAAUUACUCCACAAGUUCAAAUCCUCAUCAGUAAGUCACCGCCACUUAGGGUUUUAGCGCCACCGUCACAACCACCACAUCUCAUGCAUUUCCACCUCUAAGAGAAAUGGGCGGCGCCACCAGAUUCCUCAUGCUUCUCACCACCACCACGGCCACAGCUCCCUCUCCAUUUCUCCUCCAUCACUACCACCACCGCAUCCCUUCUCUCCUCCGCCUCUCCCGUCACCGUCGUCAACUUCUCCAUUCUCUCUCUCACUACCACCAUAAUUCGUCUCUUUGUCUUCCAGGCCCCUUAAAAAUCAAAGCUUCUCAACAACAGCAGCAGCAACUCCAUACCCAAACCGCCUCCUUAACUCGGGCUGCCGGUUGGCCUGUCCAUCCAUGGGCCGAAUGGUCCAAUUUCAUUAACAACCUAUCCAUCUCUGGGUACUUUAAUAGGCAAAUUGAAAUUGAUGAAGAUGAUGAGUUGAUAAUAACAGAUGGAGUUAAUUUGCCGGAGCAUUUUAUUUGUGCUGUUAAUGCUUGCUCUGCGUUUUCCCGCGAAAAACCCCACCUUUUAAGGAUGCUAUCAAGAAGAGAUAUUGAGGUGGUUGUUGAUAAAGGAAUGCCCUUUUUGUUUAAAAAUGGUGAUGUUUCAAAGAGGAGAAUGAUGUCGUUUCUGGGUAUACCUGGUGCUAAUGUGCAGAAUACUGAUAAGGCACACACAAUUGAUUUGGUAAGGUUUCUAUUAAGUUAUGCAAGCAAUCUUGUUUCUUCUAAGAAGAACAAUCUACCCAGUGAAGAAAUCGAGUCAUCUGUGCGAUAUCUAUUGGGUGAAUUGGCCCAGCUGAGUUAUACUCCACAGACAAACCUAUCUGUGUCGGUGCAAAACCAAUUCCCAGAUAGAUAUGAACAAGCAUCAAGGCCUCUUGGGCAAAACAUUGAAAUGAAAAGAGGUGACUGGAUUUGUCCAAGGUGUAGCUUCAUGAACUUUGCAAGAAAUAUGAAAUGCCUUGAAUGUGAAGAAGCACGCCCAAAGAGGCAGCUUACUGGUGGGGAGUGGGAGUGUCCUCAAUGCGAUUUCUUUAAUUAUGGGAGGAACAUGGCGUGCUUAAGGUGUGAUUGCAAGCGGCCUGGACAUGUCUCACUUGGUACCACCAAUUCUAGAUCAGGUCUGGGUUAUGGCAAUGGUAGUGAUGCAAAUAGAGAUGAUGUGGAUAGCAGGCUGGCAGCCAAUGAAGAGAAGGCACAGCGUUGGUUUAGCAAGAUCUCUCAGAUGGAUAGUAAUUCGGACAUGGGCAGUGCCAUAGCAGAUGAAGAUUUUCCUGAAAUCAUGCCAUUGAGGAAAGGAGUUAAUAGAUUUGUUGUUAGCACAAGAAAGACACCACUUGAAAGGAGGCUGGCCAAUGCCGAAUAUGAAAGAACUUCUCGUAACAGUAGCCCUGUUGAAAGCACAGGUGCAAAUACAUCUGCCAGUCAACCAAUCAGCCAGAGAUUGGAUGCGAUUCUUGGACGUAAGACAGCUGGUUUUCAAUCUGAUGACAAGACUUUCAACAUUGGACAAAAUAUGGAAUCAAAUACUCCCUCUUCUACUUCCAAUUAUAUUCCAUUUGUGCCCUUACCUGCAGAUAUGUUUGCCAAGAAACUUGAUAAGACACAAAUGGACAAGAGUGAGGCGGAGAUGGACAGUAAGUCUCUUGCGUCAAGCACUGGUGAAAAAACAGCUUCUGGGAGUGAUGGAUAUAGUAAAUCAUCAGAAAAUUGGCAGCCUUCUGAGAAUCCCAUGGGCCGGGAUCUGAGCAAUGAAAAGGAAAGAGAACAAGCGGAAAAAUCUGAGAGAUGGUUUAAGAGAGUUGCAGAGCUGCAUAAUGUUAAAGAUUUGGCUAGUGAGAUUUCAGACGAGGACUUCCCUGAAAUCAUGCCAAUGCGAAAAGGAGAGAAUCGAUUUGUCGUCAGCAAAAGGAAAGAUCGUUCUUUGACUUCUCCAAUGUACAAGAGACGUAUGGCCAUGGAACAAGCUAGUGAUACAAACUUUGUGCCUUUUGUCCCCUUCCCACCAAACUACUUUGCUCAGAAGGAUAAUCAGCAGUCAGGUGGAGCUGAUUCAGCUAAUAAUGCUAGGAGUGCAAUCUCAAAUUCAAAUUCAAAUUCUACAGCAACAGAAGAGCUUUCAGAAAAGUUGGAUGACAGUAAACCUGGGCCGCCUGCUGCAGCUUAUGUUCAAGGGAUGGAAAAUCAACAAGACAGUACAGGGAGCACUCAAUCGAGAGCUUGGAAGAACUCAAAUGAAAGCAAGGCAGAUGCAACUUACGAGGCACUAACAAGUGGUAAAUCAACUCAAGAUAUUGUUGAUACCCUGCCUAAUAGAAGGAAUAGUUGGACCAGUGGAUAUUCUAGGAAUGAGAUUGUUAGUGGUAAAUCGAAUCUUAUGGAUAGUUCUAUACAGAAUUAUACAACUUCCCCGACAAGUGGCAAGGAGAGUAGGAACAGUGGAUUCUCUAGUGAAGAGAAUGUCAAGGAGGUGGCAAGUUUGACAGAGGCUAUAUCUCAUCCAUCUAAGAAUCAGGACAUCAGAGAGAACUGGAAUGGAAAAAGUUUGGAAGGGUCAGCAGUGAAGGAACCAGAUCCUCUGGACAUGUCAGAGGAAGCCAAGGCAGAGAGAUGGUUCCGACGUGUUGCCCAGAUAAAGGACAUCUCAGAGUUGAGUCAGAUCCCAGAUGAAGAUUUCCCAUCAAUAAUGCCAAUGCGGAAAGGUGUUAAUAGAUUUGUAGUGAGCAAAAGAAAAACACCAUUAGAGAGGAGGUUGACAUCUACUCAGUAUAGAAAAAGUCUUCCAACAGUGAACUCUGAUCCAGUAAAGAAAAGUGACAGUAGUUGAUGCAUCACAUAAGAUUAUAUCAAGUUAAGUUACUUGGAUCCUUGAGCAACUUCCGUUCCUUGUACUCAUAGAGAAGAAACCUUUCUAGGACGUUGUCUAUUUGAGCUUUAUUCUUCUACCAGGAGCGAGUAUUUGGGUAGGCUGAUACAGUCAGAAGGUCAAAUCCUGGAAGUUGCAGGAUUCAGAUGCUUCUGCUAAUGCAAAAACGCGAUACAGAAAUGAAAAAUAGACCAUGCAUAAUGCAUGUAUGUCACGGUCAACAUUUUUUUUACAUAUAAAAGCUGGAGAAAUUGAUUGUCCGAACCCGAAACAUUGAUUCAAGUAAUAAAGGAAUUUGAAAGCGUUUAUGUAUCGAA